AUUGGACAUCAAAGGCUUACUCGUGCCUAACAUUUUAGCAAUAUCAAUCUAUUAGCUUAUCGUAACGUGUAAAGUUUACUAAAUUUAUUCAUAGAAAUAACAUUUCUUAAUGAAAAAGGAGAAUUUAAAAUAUUUUAGAGAACCUUUAUAAUACAAUGGUUAAUAAGUAUUUGCAUGUGAAUUUAAUCUCAUCCUCACGAUAUCUUUAUUCCCCGUGUUGCCAUGUAUGUCAACAUCAAGCGAGGACAAUGACAUUUUGUUUUGUUUUCCAAAAAUGUGUUUGCAUUGUUAGUUAGAGUGUUGGAAUUUGGAUUAAGUAGUUAUUAUUUUUCAGCAUCACUAACUUUUUUUCCUCUGAGCUUUAUCUAUACUCCUAGGUAGUAAGAAGAGCUUGCAGAUACACAGACACAGGAGAAGGUUGAAAAUGGCAGGUGGAGGGUUUGCCAUUGAUGCACCUUCCAAUGGCUUUGAUGGAAAGAUAACACUCUCAGUUAUCAUUACUUGUAUCGUUGCUGCAUCUAGUGGACUCAUUUUUGGAUAUGACAUUGGGAUUUCAGGAGGUGUUACAACAAUGGUGCCAUUUCUCAAUAAAUUCUUCCCAGAUAUUCUAAGAAGGGCAGCUGGUACUGAAGUAAACAUGUACUGUGUGUAUGACAGUCAAAUGUUAACAUUAUUUACGUCUUCUCUAUAUCUUGCUGCGUUAGUGUCAGCUCUUGUCGCUAGCAAAGUCACUGCAGCUAUCGGUCGGAAAAACACCAUUAUGUUGGGUGGUGCCAUCUUUCUUGCUGGUGCUGCUAUUAAUGGAGGUUCUGAAAAUACUGCUAUGCUCAUCCUUGGUCGCAUUCUUCUUGGUUUUGGGGUCGGUUUCACUAGUCAAGCGACUCCACUAUACCUUUCUGAAAUCGCUCCACCAAAAUGGCGAGGUGCUUUCAGCACAGGCUUCCAAUUCUUCUUAGGAAUUGGUGUGGUUGCUGCAGGUUGCAUAAAUUACGCGACUGCCAAGCACACAUGGGGCUGGCGACUCUCUCUUGGACUAGCAGUGGUGCCUGCAGCCGUGAUGACAAUUGGUGCCUUCCUCAUAUCCGACACACCCAGCAGCUUGGUUGAACGUGGCAAGAUAGACCAAGCCAGGAAAGCAUUGCAGAAAAUCAGAGGAUCCUCCAUCGAUGUUGAGCCGGAGUUAGAAGAACUCAUUAAGUGGACAGAAGUUUCGAAAUCAGUGCAAGAAGAGCCAUUUAUGACCAUAUUCGAGAGACAAUAUCGACCUCACUUAAUCAUGGCAUUUGCAAUCCCAUUCUUUCAACAGUUUACGGGAAUCAACAUUGUCGCUUUCUAUUCACCAAAUCUCUUUCAAUCCGUGGGUUUAGGAAACAAUGGUGCUUUACUUUCUGCCGUUAUUCUUGGACUUGUCAACCUUGCUUCUAUCCUAGUCUCAACCGCUUUUGUGGAUCGGUUUGGUCGAAGAUUCUUGUUCAUUGCGGGUGGCAUUCUAAUGCUUGUCUGUCUGAUCGCGGUGUCUGCUUUGCUAGCUUUGGCGACUGGUGUUGAUGGUGCAAAGCACAUGUCAAAGGGAAAUGCAACAUUGGUAUUGGUUUUACUAUGUUUCUACGCCGCAGGUUUUGGUUGGUCUUGGGGUCCACUCACCUGGCUAAUUCCAAGUGAAAUUUUCCCCUUAAAAAUCAGAACAACUGGACAAAGUAUAGCAGUUGGUGUACAAUUCAUAAUCUUGUUUGUGUUAUCACAAACAUUCUUGACAAUGCUAUGCCACUUCAAGUUUGGUGCUUUCUUGUUCUAUGCAUUUUGGGUUGCAGUGAUGACUCUAUUUAUCAUUUUCUUUUUGCCUGAGACCAAAGGAAUUGCUUUGGAGUCAAUGUAUAUUAUAUGGGGCAAACAUUGGUAUUGGCGGCGGUUUGUUAAAGGAGAUGUUGACAAGGACAAUCUUCCAUGAAGAAAAUAGUUCAAUCACUUCAUAUUCUAUGUAAAGUUAUUUGUAUGCAAAUUGAUUAUAGGUGUUGGCUCUGCUACACUUCUUAUAGAUAUGAAAAUAAUUGCUUGAAAGAUCAUAUUAGUGUAUUAUAUAAGUUUAUGUAAUCCCUUUUUAGUUAGAGUUCAAGUUGAUGCUUAUGGCUUUCAAAGUUUAUGAUAAAAACUUAGGUUUAGUCUUUUGUGCAGAGGUUAUUAUCAAGGAUAAAAUGCAGGGUUUGUUCUGUUCUGGUGGAGGCUGUUAUUUUGAACAAAAGCUUCUAUACAUAUUGAGAACUUAUAAGAG